AUGGCCAUGUACCAAGCCGCCAUGGGCAUGCGCGGCGGCCAGCCCCGCCGCUUCGACGAGUACUUCCGCUGCUACCCCGUAGUCAUGCUGCCAGGUCCGGAGCGCGAGGACGCCAACCACGGCGGCAAGGUGUUUCUGCCGCCGUCGGCCCUCGACAAGCUCACCCGCCUGCACAUCACCUACCCCAUGCUGUUCGAGCUGAUCAACGGCGCCGCGGGCAAGACGACGCACGCCGGUGUGCUCGAGUUCAUUGCCGAGGAGGGCAAGAUCUAUUUGCCAUACUGGCUCAUGCAAACGCUCAACCUCGAGCCCGGCGACCUUCUACAAGUCAAAUCGACCGACCUCCCGCUCGGCACCUUCAUCAAGCUGCAACCGCAAUCGCCCGCCUUCCUCGACAUCUCCGACCCCAAAGCAGUGCUGGAGCAAGCCUUCCGCAACUUCUCCUGCCUGACCGUCAACGACAUCUUCACCUUCGCCUACAACGACCAAGUCUACAGCAUCGCCGUGCUGCAAGUCAAGCCCGACACGAGCAAACACGCCAUCUGCACGCUCGAAACGGACCUGAGCGUCGACUUCGCCACGCCCGUCGGCUACGAAGAGCCAGUCAAGAAGCCGUCGGCGCCCGGUUCCGGCACCAGCACGCCGCGCAGCGUCGCCUCAGCGCGGGGCGUCGCGGGUCUCGCGGGCGGGACGCUGCACUCGGCAGGCAGCAUGGCCGCAGCGAUCAACUACGCGGCAAUCGCGCCGCAAGCCGGCGCCGCGGCCGCGGGCGCGAAAGCGCAGAGCUCGAAUUUCCUGUCUGCAGGCCACAAGCUCAGCAACAAGAAGGGCGGGACCAGCACGCCGAAGCCGUCGACGCCGGUGCCGGGCGCGUCGAGCAGCGCGGCUGUGCCCAGCGUCCCCGUGCGUAGGAACAAUGGGCCUCAGCCGCUGCGGCUGGCGCCUGGAAAGCUGUUUUUCGGGUAUGAGAUUAAGCCGGUGCCGGGGAAGGGGGAGGGCGCGGAGAAGGCGAAGAGCGAGGCGGUCAAGUUCCAGGGGCAGGGGCAGACGCUGCGGAAGAAGAAGGGCGAGAAAUGA